AGUAGCGGAAGACGACGAGGCCACAUGGGGUUCUCUACGGUGGCCGAGAGGAUGCUGCUGGUAUGCUAAUGAGUCUAGAAGCACCCCGGAGAGGUGUGGGAAGUCUCUCUCUAAUCCAACUCCCCGAGUCUCGAGGAACGUGACCGACAGCCGUCACCAUGGUGAAGGAGCAGUUCCGAGAGACGGAUGUGGCCAAGAAAAUAAGCCACAUCUGUUUUGGAAUGAAGUCACCUGAGGAGAUGCGCCAGCAGGCACACAUCCAGGUUGUGAGUAAGAAUCUGUACAGCCAGGACAACCACCAUGCCCCCUUGCUGUACGGGGUGCUUGACCAUAGGAUGGGUACCAGUGAGAAGGACCGGCCUUGUGAGACCUGUGGGAAAAACCUGGCCGACUGUCUGGGCCACUACGGCUACAUUGACUUGGAAUUGCCAUGUUUUCACGUGGGCUACUUCAGAGCAGUUAUAGGCAUCUUACAGAUGAUCUGCAAGGCCUGCUGCCACAUCAUGCUGUCCCAGGAGGAGAAAAAGCAGUUUCUGGAUUAUCUAAAGAGGCCCGGCCUGACCUACCUCCAGAAGCGAGGGCUGAAGAAGAAAAUCUCUGACAAGUGCCGAAAGAAAAACAUCUGCCAUCACUGUGGCGCGUUUAAUGGUACUGUAAAGAAAUGUGGAUUACUGAAGAUAAUUCAUGAGAAAUACAAGACCAACAAAAAAGUAGUGGAUCCUAUUGUAUCAAAUUUCCUUCAGUCUUUUGAAACAGCCAUCGAGCAUAACAAAGAAGUAGAGCCGCUGCUGGGAAGGGCACAGGAAAACUUGAAUCCCUUAGUAGUUCUGAAUUUAUUUAAACAAAUCCCAGCUGAAGAUGUCCCUCUACUUCUGAUGAACCCAGAAGCUGGAAAGCCCUCCGAUUUGAUUCUCACACGACUUCUAGUGCCCCCAUUGUGUAUCAGGCCUUCUGUCGUGAGUGAUUUGAAGUCAGGCACCAAUGAAGAUGAUCUGACAAUGAAAUUGACAGAAAUCAUUUUCCUAAAUGAUGUCAUUAAAAAGCAUCGGAUAUCAGGAGCUAAGACCCAGAUGAUCAUGGAAGACUGGGAUUUCUUACAGCUGCAGUGUGCCCUCUACAUUAACAGCGAGCUCUCAGGCAUACCCCUCAACAUGGCACCUAAGAAAUGGACCAGGGGUUUUGUCCAGCGCCUGAAGGGGAAACAGGGUCGAUUCAGAGGCAAUCUCUCAGGAAAGAGAGUGGAUUUUUCUGGCAGAACAGUCAUCUCACCUGACCCCAACCUCCGGAUUGAUGAGGUAGCUGUGCCAGUUCAUGUGGCCAAAAUUCUAACUUUUCCUGAGAAAGUGAACAAAGCAAACAUCAGCUUUCUGAGGAAACUGGUCCGUAAUGGCCCUGAAGUUCACCCUGGAGCCAAUUUCAUUCAGCAGAGACAUACACAGAUGAAAAGGUUUUUGAAAUACGGAAAUAGGGAAAAGAUGGCUCAGGAGCUCAAGUACGGGGACAUUGUAGAAAGACACCUCAUAGAUGGAGAUGUGGUGCUGUUCAAUCGGCAGCCCUCGCUGCACAAGUUGAGCAUUAUGGCGCAUCUGGCCAGGGUCAAGCCCCACCGGACCUUUAGAUUUAAUGAGUGUGUCUGUACACCCUACAAUGCGGAUUUUGAUGGCGAUGAAAUGAACCUUCAUCUUCCUCAAACAGAAGAAGCUAAAGCAGAGGCCCUUGUUCUGAUGGGGACUAAAGCAAAUCUUGUAACCCCAAGGAAUGGAGAACCACUAAUUGCUGCUAUUCAGGAUUUUCUAACAGGUGCCUAUCUCCUCACUCUUAAGGACACUUUCUUUGACCGAGCCAAGGCUUGCCAAAUCAUUGCUUCCAUAUUGGUCGGCAAGGAUGAGAAAAUUAAAGUUCGCCUCCCACCACCCACCAUAUUAAAGCCUGUCACCCUGUGGACGGGAAAGCAGAUCUUCAGUGUCAUCCUCAGACCUAGUGAUGACAACCCAGUGAGGGCCAACCUCCGAACCAAGGGCAAACAGUACUGUGGCAAAGGAGAAGAUCUCUGUGUCAAUGACUCCUACGUUACUAUCCAGAACAGCAAUUUGAUGAGUGGCAGCAUGGACAAAGGAACACUGGGAUCAGGAUCCAAAAACAAUAUUUUUUACAUUUUGCUGCGAGACUGGGGGCAGAAUGAAGCUGCCGAUGCAAUGUCACGGCUUGCAAGGCUGGCUCCUGUCUACCUCUCAAACCGUGGAUUCUCAAUUGGGAUUGGUGAUGUCACACCCGGCCAAGGGCUGCUAAAGGCCAAGUACGAGUUGCUGAAUGCUGGCUACAAAAAAUGUGACGAGUACAUCGAAGCCCUAAAUACAGGCAAGCUGCAGCAGCAGCCUGGUUGCACUGCAGAAGAGACUCUGGAGGCUUUGAUCCUGAAGGAGCUGUCUGUGAUCCGCGAUCACGCUGGCACUGCCUGCCUCCGAGAGCUGGAUAAGAGCAACAGCCCCCUCACCAUGGCUCUGUGUGGCUCUAAAGGUUCCUUCAUUAACAUAUCACAGAUGAUUGCCUGUGUGGGACAGCAAGCCAUCAGUGGCUCUCGAGUGCCAGAUGGCUUUGAAAACAGGUCCUUGCCUCACUUUGAAAAACACUCAAAGCUCCCAGCUGCCAAAGGCUUUGUGGCUAAUAGCUUUUAUUCCGGUUUGACACCAACCGAGUUUUUCUUCCACACAAUGGCUGGCCGGGAAGGUCUAGUCGACACAGCUGUAAAGACAGCUGAAACAGGAUAUAUGCAGAGAAGGCUUGUAAAGUCCCUUGAAGAUCUUUGUUCACAAUAUGACUUGACAGUCCGAAGCUCUACAGGUGAUAUUAUCCAGUUCAUUUAUGGGGGAGAUGGCUUGGAUCCUGCAGCUAUGGAGGGAAAAGAUGAACCUUUGGAGUUUAAAAGGGUUCUGGACAACAUCAAAGCAGUCUUCCCGUGUCAGAGCGAGCCUGCUCUCAGUAAGAACGAGCUGAUCCUGACGGCUGAGUCCAUCAUGAAGAAGAACGAGUUCCUCUGCUGCCAGGACAGCUUCCUGCAGACCUUAACUGAAACAGGUUAUGAGAAAUACAAUGAGGAAAUAAAAAAAUUCAUUAAGGGGGUUUCAGAGAAGAUAAAGAAAACCAGAGAUAAGUACGGCAUCAACGAUAACGGCACAACAGAGCCCCGUGUGUUGUACCAGUUGGACCGGAUCACCCCCACCCAAAUAGAAAAGUUCCUGGAGACCUGUAGGGACAAGUACAUGAGGGCACAGAUGGAGCCAGGUUCUGCAGUGGGUGCACUCUGUGCCCAGAGCAUUGGGGAGCCAGGCACCCAAAUGACCCUGAAGACUUUCCAUUUUGCGGGUGUAGCCUCCAUGAACAUCACCCUUGGUGUGCCCCGAAUCAAAGAGAUCAUCAAUGCUUCCAAGGCUAUCAGCACUCCAAUCAUCACAGCACAGCUAGACAAGGAUGCCGAUGCAGAUUAUGCUCGCCUGGUGAAAGGGAGAAUUGAGAAAACCCUCUUGGGAGAGAUUUCAGAGUAUAUCGAAGAAGUGUUUCUUCCUGAUGAUUGCUUUAUUCUCGUCAAGCUCUCCCUGGAACGGAUCAGACUUCUGAGACUGGAAGUGAACGCUGAGACGGUGCGGUAUUCCAUCUGCAUGUCCAAGCUCCGUGUGAAGCCCGGCGACGUGGCCGUUCAUGGUGAGGCUGUGGUGUGUGUCACCCCCAGAGAGAACAGCAAAAGCUCCAUGUACUAUGUGCUCCAGUUCCUGAAAGAGGAUCUCCCCAAGGUGGUCGUGCAAGGCAUCCCAGAAGUGUCCAGAGCUGUCAUCCACAUCGACGAGCAGAGUGGGAAGGAGAAGUACAAGCUCCUGGUGGAGGGUGAUAACCUACGGGCAGUCAUGGCCACCCACGGCGUGAAGGGCACCCGAACCACCUCCAAUAACACAUACGAGGUGGAGAAAACUCUGGGCAUCGAAGCUGCCCGGACAACUAUCAUCAAUGAAAUCCAGUACACGAUGGUGAACCACGGCAUGAGCAUCGACAGGAGGCACGUGAUGCUGCUUUCUGACCUGAUGACCUACAAGGGUGAAGUCCUGGGCAUAACUAGGUUUGGCCUGGCCAAGAUGAAGGAGAGUGUGCUCAUGCUGGCCUCGUUUGAGAAGACAGCUGACCAUCUGUUUGACGCUGCCUACUUUGGGCAGAAGGACUCCGUGUGUGGGGUGUCCGAGUGCAUCAUCAUGGGGAUCCCCAUGAACAUUGGGACUGGGCUGUUCAAGCUGCUCCACAAGGCCGAUAGGGACCCAAGCCCUCCCAGGAGGCCCCUGAUCUUCGACACAAAUGAGUUCCACAUCCCUCUUGUCACGUAGUCCAGGGAAGAGGGCACCAUUCCUGACCUCGGCUCUUGGUCCUGUCUGGAACAGGGUUCAAGGCCAGCAGCUGACUCAAGAGCUUUGUAUUCCCUGGGACAGAGACUCUAAUGUUGCCACCAUGCCAGCAGUCAGAGAAGGCCUCCAGCGUCCCCGGGAGCAGUUCAUCCAGUAACCUGAUCUCUCUGCAGCGCCUGGUUGGGAGAACUGAGGUUUGUCUGUCUGUUUGAAACCUAAUUAAUCUACAGACAGUGCAGCGUUUUCUGCCCAUUCUGCCUCCCUGGAUUUAGAGGGAGGCCCCAAGUAGGUAUUUCUGCUUAUUCCCACCUCACCCUUCUAUCCAUCAGCUCCCAGGGGCAGUUCACCCUGACCACGAGCCAGGGAGAGGCCACUUUCCAGAUUUUUCCAUUCAUCAGGUCAUGCUGGAAAGCAAUGUGACAUACUCAUGUAAAUAUUCUUAUUAUUAUUUAUUUGUUCAGUUUAAAGGAUUUGGAGUGUC